AUGGGUGAUAAUGGUAUUUUGUCCGACGCUGUGGAGCCUAAACCAUCGGAAUCUGUUCCAUGUCGCUUUUUGAUGUUGGAAUUGAUUUCUGGCGUCCUAAACCUUCAUGAAACGGCCAUCAACACGGACUUGACGUUUACGGCACUGGGUGGUAAUUCUCUCCUUGCUGUCCAACUUGCACAGAUGUGUGACGAUGCUGGGGUCAACUUAUCUGUCGAAUCAAUACUCUCAAGUGAUAGUACUGAGGAUCUCAUCACCCAAGCCCAGUAUAUAUCACCAUCAUGGUCGAGCUUAGAAACUGAGGAUAUCUCCCCAUCCAGCUCGUUUGUUCAAGAAAUGCCGCCAACCGAAUUCUUGCACGAAUUUGAUGAGACACGGACGGUUUUGACGGAGAUCCAGCAAGUCUUAAUUCACGGUACUCAGCGGCACCAUUCCCGCAACAUCAUCAAGUACUUUCAGACUCAUCCAACGGAACAUGUCCCGGUUUUGCGGCACGCAUGGCAGACGGUGGUCUCUAUGGAGCCAAUCUUUCGCACCAAGAUCGACGUUCAGGACGGGCCUCAUAUGGUUGAAAAAGCCGAGGCUAGGUUUUUAUGGACAGAAUCAACGUUCGACUCACAAAAAGCCUACGACAGGGCCAUUCAGGACAGUACAACCGCCCCUCAGAGGGAACCUGUGGCCGAUUUGGAGGAUGUCUUGGUGCCUCGGUUCGAAGUGAUUAACCUAGAUCAAGGGGCUGGUCACGAACGGGUCAGCACUGUUGUCUGGAGUAUCCAUCAUGCCUUGAUUGAUGGGUACUCCGCUAGCCUAAUUCUGGAAAAGGUUCGCCGAGUCGCAAACGGCCUCAGCGUUCAGCCAGGUCCAUCUUUCACUGCACUGGCUGGGCGCCUUCAGCGCCUGCAAAUCAACUGUCGAGAAGUCGGAGAGGCAUUCUGGCGAGAGCAGUCUGCUAGAUACGGUCAUGCCAGUGGCACCCUUCAACUUGUCGCUCCUUCAAACACCGAGGAAGGCAUGGAAUCUUUCUCAUUCACGAUGCCUACGGAGGUGCCGUCAUUCGCUCAAUCAAUCGGAGUCACCACGGCUACUGUGAGUUAUGUUGCCUGGGCCAUGGCCCUGAGCCUAUUCACUGACUCUGACACCGUUGUGUUCGGUGUCGUUAUGUCGGGACGAAACUUGCCCUUGGCUGAUGUGGCGACCACCAUCGGCCCUCUGGUCAAUACCCUCCCUCUACACAUUGAGCUCAACACAAGCCAGACUGCAAAAGAGCUUCUACAGACUAUCUUCAAACAAUUGGUGAAGCUUUCAUCCUUCCAAUGGACUCUUCCUGAGCAUGGAUACAACCGCAACUUUGCGUCGGCAGUCAGCAUGCAGCUGGCCUUCCCAACCACACCGAAUACAGACGUAACGCAGCCUCUGCAUCUCCCGCAUUCCUAUUCCGAAACCGACUUUCCCCUUAGCAUCUUUGUGGAAGCGAAUGGGACGCUGCGGGUACAGUACGAUAAAAGCAUGUAUCACGGUCGUGAGAUAGAACUCGUCGCUCGACAUUACGAGCAUGCUUUCACUCUCCUGGUAAACCCUACCGCAACUGUCGCACAGUGUCUGAGGGAUUUGCUUACGCGCGACACACUCAAUUCACUCUUGGCUUUGGGAAACUGCACAUCUCCGAGGACCUCCUUCGGCAAUAUCACUGAGACAUUAGUGACCUUGUUUCUGAACUCAGCUGCCGAGUACGAGGACAACAUCGCAGUCAGGAAAGCAGACCUAUCUCUCACCUAUGCGCAACUCCUGAAGGCCGCAUCUCGUGUCGCGGACCGACUAGCGCCCCUAAUCAAGGAAGGAGACGUUGUUUGCCUGCAUGCAGAUCAAUCCAUCCAAUGGAUCAUUGGAAUCUACGGAAUUCUCCUCGCCGGAGGUGUCUAUUGUGCUCUGGACAGUAGAUUACCUCAAAAUCUGCGGAAAGUCUAUGCCGAAACGGCAAAAGCAGCCAUCUUCCUCGUUCCGUUAUCCAGUCAGUCGAGCCUUGUACCGACGUCGUCUUCGGUGGUUUUGUCAGUCGAGGAGUGCGUGGACUGCGAUGUCGCAAAUGACAACUUCCUUUCCACCUUUCCAUCUACCAAUCUUCAAAGGAAUGCCUAUGUGUGCUUUACCUCGGGGUCGACUGGGCAACCCAAGGGCGUCAUGUGCACUCAUGCCGGACUUGUCGCAUUUCAACGAGACUAUACUGUGCGCUUGAUGGCCCGUCCGGGAUGGAGAGUAGCUCAAACCAUGUCUCCAGCCUUUGACGGCAGCAUUCACGAAAUCUUCUCGGCUCUCAGCUACGGAUCGACUUUGGUGCUGCCCCGGUCUGCAGAUCCAUUCGCCCAUCUCGCUGAAUCGGAUGCUUGCAUUCUGACCCCAUCUGUGGCCAAGGUGCUCAGCCCCGCGCGAUUCCCCUCCCUUAAAACCGUAUACCUUGUCGGGGAAGCCGUGCCCCAAGAGGUCAAUGACCGCUGGACUCAAACCACGGUGGUUUACAACAUGUACGGCCCGACAGAGGGCACUGGGGGCGCCACGAUCAAGAGGCUCCUGCCCAAUCAGCCCGUCACUAUCGGACGGCCCAAUCCUUCCACUCGCAUUUACAUCUUGAGCCAAAAGCAGUCGCUUGUUCCCCCCGGCACUCUUGGGGAGAUUUGGCUCGCAGGAGUCCAAGUUGCACGGGGCUACAUCGGCCUCCCUGAACAGACUGAAGAACGAUUCCGGCCAGACAUCAUCUGUCCAGAUCGUGUGGAGAUGAUGUACAAAACGGGUGACUACGGUUACUGGGAUGUAGUAAGUGGCGAAGUGGUAUGUCUUGGUCGAAAAGAUCGACAGAUCAAAUUACGAGGAUUUCGACUGGAUUUGAAUGAUCUCGAGAUCCGCAUGCUUGGCCUUCAUCCUUCUGUGACCGCAGUGGCGAUUACUCGCAAGGAUGACUCGCUCAUAGCCAUGGUGACCCCUGCCUCAGUCGACAUCAGUUUGCUCGCAGAUCUGGCACGCCAAGCCCUGCCCAUCCACGCACUUCCUCGACAGAUCAUCCCAGUGGAUCAGUUCCCAAUGACCCCUGCGGGUAAGCUCAAUUACAGGGCUAUUGCGGAUCUUGCCCCAGCCAAAUGCGUUCCAGUCAUUUCUGCUUCGAAUGUGCUCUCGGCCACCGAGAGACGUCUAGCACGAACCUGGCAAUUGGUCCUUGGGCUCGAUAGCAACCACACUAUUACGCCGCUAUCCCGGUUCUUUGAUCUUGGUGGCCACUCGGUGCAACAGCUGCACCUUGCCUCAAGACUUAACGAAGAGUUUCACUGUCGCAUCCCGGUAGAAGACCACGAGGUGGCGCCCAUUGAAUUGGAAUGGUGGCGCAAAUACCAGUUGGGGGAGGCCACAUCGGCCUUCAAUGUCUGCUUCGCAGGCCGUUUCGAUCCAGAACGGCUAGAUCGUCGCCGAUUGACCGCGUCGUGGAACACGGUAUUAGGACGGCAUCUCAUAUUACGUUCUAGAUAUUUGCCUGAUCGUAAAGCUGGAGUGCGACGAUCGUUCGCCACCAGCCCUCCACAGGUACAUCGCGUCACUCACCUCGACCUGUGGAAGGAAGUCAAUCGGCCUUUUGUGCUCGGUCAUCAGGAUCCUAUCCGUGUACUUCUCUCGCAUGAUACCUUGCUGGUGGUGGUUAGCCACAUCAUCUGCGACCUCAACACUCUCGAGUUGCUUCAGGAGCAAGUCGUCGGCCUGUACCGAGGAGACCUCAUAGUGCCGCCAGCGUCGAAUUCAAGUUACAUGCAGGUCAUGAUGCAUAACUCCAUCUCCGCCAGCUGUGAUCUGGAUUUCUGGCUGCAAUACCUAGCCCAGGCGCCGCUUCCGGGGCAAGAUUCCUUUGCUGUGGCUACAGAACGCCUCAACUACCGGGGCUCCUCGGUCCUCUACCACGUCCCCGACGCAGUUGGACACAGUCUACUUCAGGUGGGACGGGAGUCAUGCCUCAGCCUGCACCAGCUUGCCUUGGCUGCGGUGGCACUAACCAUGCACGCGGCCAAGCCGGAGACACUCGACAUCGUCCUCGGAGGGCCGCACCUUAACCGAAAGACGCAGGAUGCACGCAAGUCAAUCGGCUUAUUCCUCGAGCCUCUCCCCAUCCGGAUCCGCGAGUGCACCUCCCCUCCCCUCCUCCAUACGCGAGACUUUCUACGCUCAGUGCGGUGCGCUAGUCAAGAGGCACUGGGCCAUGCAGUGCCCUGGAAUCAAUUGUUGCGGCACCUGACCGUCGUCCCAGAUUAUCCCAACCAUCCUCUUUUCGACAUCAUGGUCACCUUCCAUGACCACCGGACGAAGCAUCCCUUUGCGCUGCCUGGUUUCGAGCGCGACCAAAUUGGCGUUUGGUCCCAGGGAUCUAAGUUUAAGCUGUUAUUCGAGUUCACGAUCGGGGCAGAUGACCGAAUCCAACUCCGGGUGGAGCAUGAUGUCGAUUGCUAUCCAGACCCGGUAAUCCAGAGAAUGUUUUGCGUCCUCCAACAGAGUCUCGAGUUGCUGGGGACAGAAACAUCCUACCCUGAAUUGCGGGCAAAGCUAGCCAAGGAGGAGGGAAGGAGAUAA